AGAAUUACGAUAGAGAUCUUUACUGAUGAUCGAAGAACAGACGCAACAAAUGAAAGCACGCGAAUGCAAUAAUUUAGAUAAAUCGCUCUUUUAUCUCGAUCACGUACGAAUGCAAAUAAAAUUGUUAACAACCUCGAUCUUACAAGGACCAGUAGCUCGGAAGCGAUUAAAAAAUACGAUUACGCUUCUUAUGAUUAUUUUUGCCUUCUAACAUGAACACUACAUUUAAUUAAAUUCAAGGCUUUUCUCGAAUCUAUAUAAUUUGUUACGUGUACGAUCAUAUUAUAUAUAUGCGGAUAAAUUGCAUUAGAAACGCGAGAGGAGACACUAUUCCAGAUUGAGAAUCAUAAAUGAAACAAGAAUUUCUUGCAAGUAAUAUAGCAAAUCGAUGAAUGAUCUACGGUCUAGGAUCUAUUUACAAUAAGCUCCCCCCACCACCGUCGGUCGAGAUGGCGCACGUGGUAUGCCCGGACAACAGUACAUCGCAGCCAUGCAUUUGAGCAGUCGAAGUGCCAACAAGUGAAGUAAAGCUUCUUUUAUCAGUCAGUGACGAUCACUUGAGCGAAACAGUUGAGUUCUGGUGUCGGUGGUGCGUUUACCGUGCGAAACCCAUUCCGUCAUUUUGUUUUUCACCGGGAUCUCUACCUCUGUACACCUUUCUCUGUACGAUUCUCAGAGCGGUGGAUCGAACAUCGAUCACAGUGUCCCAUUGUACGACGAAGCCAACUUUUUAUUUCGGCUCACGUAGCACGGAUUGAGAAGAGUUUCGUAUAAAAUCACACGCGAGUUCAACAACGAGAUCGAGCAGUGAAUAAUCAGAAGUGGCAAGGUUAAUCGAGUAUCAAAGAACAAUAAACACUUUUCAAGGAAACGUGGACACGCUGGCGCAAAUUCCUCAAUACAUCGUUACUAUAUCAAAACUGACUGAAAUAGGCAGAUCUGACGUGAAAGUAUCUCAAGUUGAUCCUGCACUUUUCCGAUUUUGUAGAAAAUACUACAAAAUUGUUCGCCAACACCGAACUCGAUAUGGUCGCUUUUCCGGAAUCGCCAACUGAACCGGCACUGUCAAACAUGACUAUUAUAAACUUAAACGAUUGCACGGAUUGUAAUGAGCAUCUAGUAAACAAAGCUAAUGACAGGGGAGUUAAAGAUCACGUGCUCACUAUAGAGGGAGACAACGUAUCAAACGGGAAGGAUAAUUAUGCGUUAGAUAUCGAUAAUAUAGAAAAAGAUAUCGACAACAAACUAAACGCAUCGGCCGACAUUAAAGCAGAACCUGAUGUCGUGAAGAAAGUGGCAGCGGGUCUGAAAAAUCCUAACGGCCAAAAGAACAAAACGGACAUGUCACUGCCCAAUCUCGGUAGUGGAACAAUUUCAAGUGGAAGUUCCGUAGUGACCAUCUCUUCCGUCGCAAAUUCAGAUCCUGUACCUGACCUCCGUAAUGACACGGGCGGCUUUGAUAACAGACCAUACAGGAACGAGAAAUGGUAUCAGACCACCUUCCAAGUCGCCGUUCCAUUCUUCAUCGCUGGGAUAGGUACGAUCGGCGCGGGCCUGGUGCUUAACCAAGUCAAGGACUGGCCAGUAUUCUACGCCAUUUCUCAAUUAUUCAUUCUAAUCCCUUCGCUGUUGGGCCUGAAAGGCAAUCUCGAUAUGUGCUUAGCUUCACGGAUAUCCACGCAAGCCAAUUUGGGUAACAUGCACGAGUUUCGAGAAAUCGUAAAAAUAAUUAUUGGUAAUAUCGCAUUGGUACAGAUACAGGCGACCGUCGCGGCUGUUUUGGUAUCGAUCUUCGCGAUCACAGUCAACGCUAUAAUGGAAGGCAGCGAGUACACUUUCAAAUGGAACAAUUGCCUAUUAUUAGCCACAGCUAGCGUCUGCACUGCCACGAGCACUUGCUUUAUUCUAGAUUUUGUAAUGAUCGCCGUUAUCAUGAUUUCAUAUCGAUGCAAAAUGAACCCCGACAAUUUAGCUACGCCUUUGGCUGCCUCCUUUGGAGACGUCAUAUCAAUUAGCGUUCUAUCAAUGAUAGCAUCAGGAUUGUACAACAGAAUGACGCCAGAACCAUGGAUCUUAUACGUUAUACUUGGCUGUUACUUUUUAAUUUUACCGUUUUGGAUCUAUGUGGUUCUUAAGAAUAAUUACACUAAACAUGUUUUAACAUCUGGAUGGCUUCCUGUUUUAUCGGCCUUGUUUAUCAGUGGAUUUGGCGGUUUGGUUCUUGAUCAAGUUGUUGACUCGUUCGAUGGAUUCGUGAUCUUUCAACCAAUCAUAAACGGAAUUGGUGGUAAUUUAGUCUCUGUGCAAGCAUCUCGAAUCUCAACUACAUUGCACCAGACAACGAUUAUGGGAAUUUUACCGCCACACUCGAAAAUUUUCAUCAGUCCAUGGAAAGCGCUUUUCAGAGGCUCGCUGUACGCGAAAACAGCCAGAAUACUCAUUUGCAUGGCGAUUUUCGGUGAAAUAAUUUUCAUUUUUGCCGCCGAUUAUAUCUCAAAGGGAACAUCCACGGUACAUAUAUACUUUGUGGUUUCUUACAUCGUCAUGGCCAUUCUUCAAGUUAUGCUGUUGCUCUACGUGGCGCAUAUCAUUAUUCACGCUAUGUGGCAAUACAAAAUCGACCCGGACAAUUCCGCCAUUCCAUAUUUAACGGCAUUAGGCGAUCUCUCGGGAACAGUAUUCUUAGCAAUAACAUUUUGGUUCCUCAUAAGUAUACAUCAAGAGUACGGAAAAUAAAAGACUGAUUAAAGUAACGAGAUUGACAAGCAAUUUUUAUUGCGUGUCAAUUUUUUUUGGGAGAUGUCAUAUAAUUUGAACGGCGUAAAAUCACGUCGAUGUAAUGGUGUACAAAUGAACGAGACAGUAGGAGACGAAGAUUAAUUAAGAGAGUGAGUGUUUCGUGAAAACGGGUACAACAAUACGUUAUUACGGGACGAUCUGAUUGAUCUGAAACGGAUAAAACAGCAGGAUUGUUUCCCUCCAUUAAAGGACGUUCUUAAUGGUACGUUACACGCGUUAAUUAGUUAUUACACACUGAACAUAAUAGAUUAAAGAAAUACGUCACUAUUCUUGAAACAGGUAAACGAAUAGGAAAAAAAAAAAGUAUAAUGACACUGAUUCUAAUAUAACUGGGUCGAGCAAAGUGAUCUAUUAUCGUGUAAUUUAUUAUGAUUUAGUGAUCGCAUAGUCUCAAUUAGACGAAAUAAACAAAAAAAUAAAACGCUGCCUGUUAUACGUAUCGACUGACGAUUACUUACAGUCACUAAAUAUAUGUAUAUAUAACUUUUUUUUGUAAGUUUUUAAGUAUAUUUAAUCGUAUGAGGCAGCAGAAUUUAAAGUAUUUUAGAUAUAUGUGCAUUGUACUUUUAAUAUAGUCGUAAUAAAUAUGUAUAAGCAGAAGACCUAGUCAGUAUUUUAACGCUGAUCGAUAAUUGUAUUGCGUAGGAAGAUUAUAUAUUAGGUUGUCUUAAAAAUUUCUUUCCUUUUAGAAAGAAAUAAUAGAUGCAUAAUAUUUUUUUGUUUUAUUGAAUCUGGAUUUUGUUUCAAUAGAACAAAAUGGAUCAUACAUAAUUAGUAUUUAGUAUAUAUAGAUAGUAUCAUUUAGUAUCAUUAGAUAUUAGUAUCUAGUAUUUCCUUAUAAAACAAAAGAAACUUGGGACAACUUAAUACUAACAUAGAAUUUUAUUUAUACAAUUGCGCAUAUCUUUUUAAAAUAGAAAUUAUAUUUGCAAUCUGCAGAGAUCUAAAAUAGGUAAUGCUUUCUAAUUAUAGACUUAUUAGUUCAAAAUAUUUUAUCGAUAGCAAAAAUUUGAAUAAUCUUUUUAGUAGAACUAGAAAGUCCUGUGUAUAUAUUAUACACCAUUGGAUAUGUUUAAUGUUGUAUAGGUUGCAACAACGUUUUGAUAUUUUAAAUCAGAAAAUAAUAAAGUAAAUGAUCGAUAUAAAAUAAUAUUCGAUAGUAUCAAAUGUAUAUUUAGUAAAUGUAUUAUAGUAUCAAAUGUAUAUAAUAUAUAUUUUAAUGUAUUUUAUAAAAACUUGCUAUGAUACUCUUGUAAAGAUACAUAAUUGAUAUCUUAAAAUGAAUUACACCAUAUGAUCUAAGCAAACUGGACAUUCGUAAAAUGAAUAAUGUAGAAUAAAUUAAUGCUUUUGGUUCCUUAAAUAGUAUUAGGUCAUCCCAUAAGUUCGUUCCGUUUUUCGAGCGGUUAUAUAUGUUAAGAUUGUUUACAUACCUUUCAGUUUCAUGAAAAAAUGUAAUCCCCCUCUCGUUGUACAACUUCUUCCCAUUUUUCAAGUGCAUUGGUCCCUUAUCGCCGUAUGUUUAUAAAUCGACACAUGAAAUGUAUAUACAAAAGUCGGCACGAACUUAUGGGAUGAUCUAAUAUUAUUAUUAAAUGAUAAUGAACUACUACUAGCAAUCUGUGAUUUAGAAUGAUAUCUGUAAAGAAAAUGUACAUACAAUUGCACCCUUGAAAUAAAACUUUGUAUUUCUAAAAUAA